UGUGGGUUGCCGUAGUGACAGGAAGUAGGAAUAUGCUACGAGAUUUUAUUUGCUAAUUUUGGUUUAAUAAUGGCACAAUUAUUUUAUAACAAUAAGUUACAUGGCAUUUCAGUUAAUGUUUGUUUGUAAAAUUACCGGUGCUUAAAAGAAAACUAUAUUUGUAUUAAGUCAUGGAAAUGCAUGACCCGGAAGUGUGUGUUGUCAGUAGCGGGAGAGAACGGACACAAGAGAAGGCAGAGAGAAACGAAAUCGUCGAUAAAAGACUCAAAUCUACUAACGAUAUUCUACUACUGGUCAACAGGCGCACACGUUUUCACGGUGUUCCAGGUGUUCCAUUGAUGAUCCGUGCAUCGUUUAUGAUCUGUAAAAGAAAUAAAUGUCUGUGGACAUCAGUACGAAGCGUGAAGUCCUUUUGAGCAGACCAGAGUAGCUACAGUGAAAACGUGACCUGAUUCAUCGCACCGAGGGGGCGUUAUAGCGACACGUGACCUGAUACGGCGCACUGAGGCGGCUUCACCCUGCAUCCACAAGGCGGCGCCAGAGUUCUUCACAUCCUGCCGCAAGCUACAGGCUUCAGAGUUCAACUGCGGGAGUAAGAUCAAGUCCAAAUGCGCAUCCUAUGGUCAGAUUGUGUAAUUAAACGGCCUCUGCUACUGAUGGAUGAAUAAGAGUUGAAUAAACACAAAAUGACUUCCAAUGAUAAUCCCUUGUUACAAAAUGAUAGCCAUAUUAACCAUGAGCCUCAAGAGCAAGGCAAACAAUGUACAGAAGCAGAUGUAAGACCAAAAGAAACUGUAAAGUAUGCUGUAACUGAUCAAGCUAAAACAGAGAUUAGAAAAUCCUCCCGUGAAAGACAUUUUACACCUAAAAUGCAGGAGCUAAAAGAGCAAGAAUUGGUCCAAAAGGAAAGAAAGUUCCAGUCAGUCUACGACAAGUGGAAAAUUAAAGUAAGAGACAUUCGCACAAGAUUAAAGGAAGAAUGCCCAGAAAAAGACUUAUACAGCAUGAUGGAUGAUGUUGAAUUGUUUGAUUCUGAAUUGAAAGAACUGUAUGACGAUAUCAGAAAGCAAACAGCCCCAAAUCAAGAAAUUCGGAGGAAAGUUGAUGCAUGCUCUGCUGUAACUUUGGACUUGAUGCGGUUAAUGAGAGUACGGCUAACAGAGGAUGCAAGUGAGUUUGAUGCGGUAGCAGAAAAGGCAAGAUUACGCAUGCUCCUUGACAAUGAAUAUGCCAGAUCAAUAUAUGGAUCUACCACCUCCAGAGUAACUGCACGCAGCCCUCAUUCUGACCAUUUCUCAGAGUCAACCAGCAUCUCUCACAAGAGAGCCGAGACAGCCGCACAGCUAGCUGCAAAGAAAGCUGAAAUUGAAAUGGAAGAUGCUAUUGAAGCUCAUCGUCAACAACUGAAAAGGCUUGAAAACCAAAGAGACAUUGAAGUAAUGCAAGCAAAGCUGAAGGUUUACACUGAAGAGGAGAUCAAAGACAAAAAUGAGAAAUGUGCACAUGGUAAAGUAAGUUCUAGCCUGUCCACCUCUUAUAUUGAAUGUCACAGUGAUGCCCAGCCAGUCACAAAAAAUGAGUCAGCCAUUGUGCAGGCAGUUCAAGAGUCAAUAGCUCUUACUCGGUUACCUGCUCCAGAGCCUACUGUGUUUUAUGGUGACCCUCUAAAGUUUAUAGAGUGGAGCACAAGCUUUAAAGCUCUUAUAGAAAGACGCUGCUCAAAUCCUGCAGACAGGCUAUUUUACCUGCAAAGAUACAUUGCAGGAGAGGCAAAAUCCACACUUGAAGGCAGCUUCUACCGGAAAGAUGAAGAAGCCUAUAAGCAAGCAUGGGACAGGCUCGAUGCAAGAUAUGGACAUUCAUUUAUAGUGCAACGUGCUUUUAGAGAGAAACUUAACAAAUGGCCAAAAAUUGGUGGAAAAGAGUUUGUCAAACUGAGAGAGUUCAGUGAUUUCCUGCAAACAUGUAGCAAUGCAAUGCCUCACAUAAAAGGUCUACAAGUGCUAAAUGACUGUGAGGAGAACCAGAAGUUGCUGGUCAAACUCCCAGAUUGGAUAACAUCCAGGUGGAAUCGCUAUGUAACAGAACAGCUAGAUCAAGUUGGAUUGCUGAUAGGCUAUGACUGCUCCAGAGCCCUAGCUCCCAGAGAGGUCAUCACUGGUGGCAGCAACGAGCCUUAUGCUGUAAGAACAGACCUAGGCUGGAGCAUUGUAGGAGGGGCACCGCAGUUUGUCAAUGCAAGAGAUGUAACUGGUCUGUGUCAUCGUGUAUCUGUGAAAGAGCACCUCAAAGGGAAACUGGACAGAGAUCCCAAGUUUAAAGGUGAUUAUGUAAAGUUCAUGGAAGGAGUUCUCAGAGAUGGUGAUGCUGAAAAAGUGGACACACAGCCAACAACAGGAAAUGUCUGGUACAUACCACACCAAGGCGUUUAUCACCCACGAAAGCUGGACAAGAUCAGGGUGGUAUUUGACUGCUCUGCAAAGUUUAAAGGGACAGCUUUAAACGAUCAUCUGCUAACAGGGCCUGAUCUCACAAAUGGACUGACAGGAGUACUGUGCCGUUUUCGCAAGCACCCCAUUGCAAUCAUGUGUGAUGUGGAGAAGAUGUUUCAUAGGUUCCCCGUCAACUCAGAGGACAGAGACUAUUUGAGGUUUCUCUGGUGGGAAAAUGGGAACACAGACUCAGAGCCCUCAGAAUACCGAAUGAAAGUCCACCUCUUUGGGGCAUCCUCAUCCCCUGGCUGUGCUAAUUAUGGUAUGAAACAUCUGGCCAAUGAAAAUGAAAAAGAGUACCAGUUAGCAGCUAACUUUGUCCAAAAGCAUUUCUACGUGGAUGAUGGCCUUGUAAGUGUGGAAACUGUUGGAGAGGCAACUGAGCUUGUGAAAGAGGCUCAGGCUUUGUGUGCCAAAGGAAAGCUGCACCUUCACAAGUUUCUCUCCAACAACAGAGAUGUUCUAGACUCAGUCGAUGUGGCAGAACGUGCAGCUGAGAUAAAAGAUGUUGAGCUCAACUACAGUGACCUUCCAGUGCAACGAGUACUAGGUGUAAGGUGGAACGUAGAAAGUGACAACUUCUUCUUCCAAGGAAAAGAAUGUUGCAAGAAAUGUGUCAUAAGGGCAUUGGGUGGGAUGAUCCACUACCUACUGAACUGA